AAUGAUGUUACUGGUAACACUGGAUGUAAGAAAGUGACCUUUAUCUUUGCUCGCGGUACAACCGAGAUGGGCACACUCGGCUCCAUCGUUGGUCCCGGCCUUGCCUCCGCCCUCAUCAAAGACACCGGCUCCUGCGCAAUCCAAGGCGUCGACUACCCAGCCGAUGCUGCCGGCAACGCCAACAUGGGCGCCUCCGGCGGCCCCAAGAUGGCUGCUCUAGCAACCCAAGCCCUCAAGCAAUGUCCCGACACCAAAAUCAUUCUUGGAGGUUACUCGCAAGGUGCCAUGGUCGUCCACAAUGCGCUUUCCUCCAUCGACGGCUCUAAGAUUGCUGCAGUGACUGCUUUUGGAGACCCAUUUAAUGGACAAAGCUUUAAAGGUGUUGAGGAUGCUAAGGUUGUGAGGUAUUGUGGCUCGACGGACUUUGUGUGUGAUUUGACUGGUAAGACUCAAGGAAGUGGGUCGCAUCUUUCUUAUGGAUCUAACCUUGCUGAGGCGGCGUCGAGGUUGAGUCAGAUUGUUGGUGUUAAGGCUUGA